CCAGAGUGUCCCCCAACACCCGCCUCACCCCUGACCCCUCACCCCCCUCGCUCCCCCACUUGUGACCCUGCCUCACCCUCUCCUCUGAUAGGCAGACGGUCUCCUCGAGUGGUGCUGAAGGCCUGGAGAGUAUGUCCGGACUCACCAAGCGUUAACGGCCUGGUGUGUGUGAGCUCAUUGGAAACGGCCAGACAGACAGACAAACAGACAGAGAGCCAGCCAGUCAUACAGGCAGAGAGACAGACACGGCACACCUCUGUGGCCACAGUAGAGAAUCACGUGCCACACUCAAGGCUGGAGAGGAAGACUCAGAAAGAGACAGUGGGAGACAGAGACCACUUAGAAUGUCUGUCUACAGUGGAAGACAGAGAAAGAGAGGGAAGAGAGUGGCACUCAGGAAAUGAUCUGGAUUCCGAGGAUGCUCUACCUGUCUCGGAUCAGACACACCUUCCAAACGGCCAAUCAAAGUUACGGGAAGAAGAGACCGUAGCCACGAGGGAGCCAGCAGGAAACUGCCAUCAGGAAGUAUUUAAGGGAGCUCUAUCAGGCAGUGUUUUGAGAAGACCCAGGUCAGUCCAGUCCUAUUCUAGUCCAGUGAAGACUCCUGCCCCUCCCAAGCCCCCCCGCCCUCGCCCCCGUCCCGCCUCAGCACUGGUCGACCUCCGAGUCUGCAGUCGCUUCCCAGAGGGCUGUGCGUUUGCCGUUACUCAGCAGGCCACAGGGGGCUCUCUGUGCCGGCACAGACGCAGGCCCGGUCCCAUGAUGCACCUCUUGCCGCCGGGUCGGAGACAGGCGGGCAGUCUGGCCAGGCCAUGCUCUGUCAUAGAGCCCUCUGUUACCGUGGAGACAGACCCCGCGCAGAGUCACAGAGCCAUGUCUCGUCCCCCGGGGGCAUCACCUUUAGAGCCCCCCGUCAGAGUGUCUCUUCAGAGGUGUCACUCCCUCCCCCCCAGCAGCCUUACCACUCUGGCCCUGUUUCCGGGACACACAGCAGACUCCCAGUCAUCCUCAAUGUGUCCUGGUGAUGGAGAGACUGGCAGCUGCAGGAGGAGACUGCUCAGAACAGGCUCUGGUCCACUACAAGUUAACAUCUUGAUAAGUGGAGGAUCUAUCGUCAGCGCUGAGGCAGUAUGGGACCAUGUGACCAUGGCCGACCGAGAGUUGGCGUUUAAGGCCGGUGAUGUCAUCAAGGUGCUGGACGCGUCCAAUAAGGACUGGUGGUGGGGUCAGAUCGACGAGGAGGAGGGGUGGUUCCCCGCCAGCUUCGUACGGGAGUGUGUGUGUUGGUCUCCUCAGCUGUGGGUGAACCAGGAGGAUGGGGGGGUGGAGCCUGCGGAAGGGACCAGUGAAGUGGCUAACGGUCACCUGGAUCCGACCAAUGACUGCUUGUGCCUGGGCUCGCCACUUCAGAACCGUGACCAGAUGAGAGCCAACGUCAUUAAUGAGAUCAUGAGCACAGAGAGACACUACAUCAAACACCUCAAGGACAUCUGUGAGGGCUACCUGCGUCAGUGUAGGAAGAGGGUAGACAUGUUUAACGAUGACCAGCUGAGGGUGAUCUUUGGGAAUAUCGAGGACAUCUACCGUUUCCAGAUGGGCUUCGUUAGAGACCUGGAGAAACAAUACAACAACGAGGAACCACACCUGUCUGAGAUAGGACCCUGCUUUCUAGAACAUCAAGAUGGCUUCUGGAUCUACUCUGAGUACUGUAACAACCACCUGGACGCCUGUAUGGAGCUGUCCAAGCUGAUGAGAGACGGGAGGUACCAGCACUUCUUCGAGGCCUGUCGUCUGCUGCAGCAGAUGAUCGACAUCGCUAUCGACGGCUUCCUCCUCACACCCGUACAGAAGAUCUGCAAAUACCCCCUGCAGCUGGCCGAGCUGCUCAAAUACACCCCACAGGAACACAGUGACUAUCGCUACGUGGCGGCGGCGCUGGCGGUAAUGCGUAACGUCACUCAGCAGAUCAACGAGAGGAAGAGGAGGCUGGAGAACAUUGACAAGAUCGCCCAAUGGCAGGCCUCCGUCCUGGACUGGGAGGGUGAUGACAUCCUGGACCGGAGCUCGGAGUUGAUCUAUACAGGAGAAAUGUCUUGGAUCUACCAGCCUUAUGGACGCAGUCAGCAACGGGUCUUCUUCCUCUUUGAUCACCAGCUGGUCCUCUGUAAGAAGGACCUGAUUCGUAGGGACAUCCUGUACUAUAAGGGCCGUAUCGACAUGGACCGCUAUGACGUGCGGGAUGCCAUCGAUGGUCGUGACGAAGACUUCAACGUGAGCGUGAAGAACGCGUUCAAAUUGCACAACAAAGACAGCGAGGAGCUCCACAUCUUCCUGUCCAAAAAACAGGAGGAGAAGAUGCGAUGGCUCCGGGCUUUCCACGAGGAGAGGAAGAUGGUGCAGGAGGAUGAGAAAAUCGGGUUUGAGAUCUCAGAGUACCAGAAGCGUCAGGCAGCCCUGACUGUGAGGAAGGUAUCUAAACAGAAAGGUGUGAACAGGUGCGUGCCCCCCUCCUUACCCCCCUCCCCAGGAUCCCCUACCCCUGGGACAGUAUGACCUAGCAAAAGACUUGGCACAUGCAGAGGAUUUUGAAUUGAGUCAAUCCAAACGAGGCCAGGCUCCUUUCUGGCACAACAAUUCUACUAGAUUAACACCUUUUAAGAAAUAGAGAAACAGACUCUUUCCAAGGACCAUCUAUUUUUUUCUGAGAAACACUCAAACUAAAAUAUUUGGAAGAUUACAUCGUUGUCCUGUGAAAAAUAAUUGAAGACAAAAAAAAAGAACUACUGGAAGAAGGACCAAUGAUGUUUAUUUGUGAGUUUCAUUGCGGAGACUGAGUUUGUGAGUUGUCACCCAGGAGACUGGAGAACUAUGGAUUCUAACUUCUUCACUUCAUUCUAACUGUUCUUGGUUCUGAGUUCCAAUGCUUCUCUCCUUCAGUAGACUGUUCCACACUGAACUGUACUGUACAGGAAUCUACUACUACAUCCCUCAACCCCACCAUCGCCAUCUGAAUGUCCUGGAUUCAUGGAGCUUUUAUUUUGUUCUUUUCAGGCUCUGCCUCGUUUCCAUAUUUGAAGAAAGCAUAUUUAAUGUUCCUUUACCAGAACUAGUGAGUCCACCUACCUACAGUACAGUAUGACUGUGUAGAUGACAGGCGUUGUGUUGAUGUGUGUGUUGAUUAUGUUGUUGUGAGUGUGCACUGCAACGAUGAGGCUGAAAUGGCAUCCUAUUCCCUAUAUUGUUUGGUAGGUGGGGUGCCACUUUGACUGACAGGAGAGCUGUUGGCCGGUUCUAAUGUUUCUCAGAAGUUCUGUUGUCAGCAUCACUGACGACUGUCCCAUUAAAGACUGGUCAGACCAUAUCUCUCUCUCUCAUUCUCUCUAUCGUCUCUCUCUCUCUUUACCCUCUCUGUCUAUCUCUCUCUCUCAUUCUCUAUCGUCUCUCUCUCUUUACCCUCUCUGUCUAUCUCUCUCUCAUUCUCUAUCGUCUAUCUCUCUCUCUCUCUCUUUACCCUCUCUGUCUAUCUCUCUCUCUCUCUCUAUCGUCUAUCUCUCUCUUUACCCUCUCUCUCUCAUUCUCUCUAUCGUCUCUCUCUCUCUCUCCCUCUCUCUCUCUCUCAUUCUCUCUAUCAUCUAUCUCUCUCUUUACCCUCUCUCUCUCUCUCUCAUUCUCUCUAUCGUCUAUCUCUCUCUCUCUUUACCCUCUCUGUCUAUCUCUCUCUCUCUCAUUCUCUCUAUCGUCUAUCUCUCUCUCUUUACCCUCUGUCUAUCUCUCUCUCUCUCUAUCGUCUAUCUCUCUCUCUCUCUUUACCCUCUGUCUAUCUCUCUCUCUCUCUCAUUCUCUCUAUCGUCUAUCUCUCUCUUUACCCUCUCUGUCUAUCUCUCUCUCUCUCUCUCUCUCUCUCUCUCUCUCUCUCUCUAUACCAUCUGUCUCCUCUCUAUCCCCCCCUCUCUCCCCCCUCUCCCUCUCUCUCUCCCUCCCUCCCUCUCUCUUUCUCUCUUCUCCAUCCCCAUUCCCCUCUAUAUCUGUCUUAUCUCUCUCUUUCCCCUCUCUUUGUCUCUCUUUCCCCUCUCUUUGUCUCUCUUUCCCCUCUCUUUGUCUCUCUUUCCCCUCUUUCUUAGUUGUCUCCCUCUUUCUGUUCCCUCCCGUCAAUCUGACUAUGUUUUUCUUUAAUGAGGUUAGACAUCUAAUUGGAUGUCUGCCAUUAUCCAUGAUAUUACGGCAGGUCAGGGAAAUAAUCAAUAGCCGUAACAUCAAUACAACAUUUACAUUAUCUACUACGCACCAAACACUGUUGACAGGGUAUAAUCAUUGCGUCCAUCCACAGAGGCUGGCUGUUGGGUCACAAAGGGUUUCAUGUUCCUGUCUGUCUGAGUACUGAGCUGUAGACAGGUAGAAUGUCUGUCUGUCUCACCUGUCUGCCUGAGUACUGAGCUGUAGACAGGUAGAAUGUCUGUCUGUCUGAGUACUGAGCUGUAGACAGGUAGAAUGUCUGUCUGUCUGAGUACUGAGCUGUAGACAGGUAGAAUGUCUGUCUGUCUGAGUACUGACCUGUAGACAGGUAGAAUGUCUGUCUGUCUGAAUACUGAGCUGUAGACAGGUAGAAUGUCUGUCUGUCUGAGUACUGAGCUGUAGACAGGUAGAAUGUCUGUCUGUCUGAGUACUGAGCUGUAGACAGUUAUAAUGUCUGUCUGAGUACUGAGCUGUAGACAGGUAGAAUGCCUGUCUGUCUGAGUACUGAGCUGUAUACAGGUAGAAUGUCUGUCUGUCUGAGUACUGAGCUGUAUACAGGUAGAAUGUCUGUCUGUCUGAGUACUGAGCUGUAGACAGGUAAAAUAUCUGAGUACUGAGCUGUAGACAGGUAGAAUGUCUGUCUGCCUGAGUACUGCGCUGUAGACAGGUAGAAUGUCUGUCUGUCUGAGUACUGAGCUGUAGACAGGUAGAAUGUCUGUCUGUCUGAGUACUGAGCUGUAGACAGUUAUAAUGUCUGUCUGAGUACUGAGCUGUAGACAGGUAGAAUGCCUGUCUGUCUGAGUACUGAGCUGUAUACAGGUAGAAUGUCUGUCUGUCUGAGUACUGAGCUGUAGAUAGGUAGAAUGUCUGUCUGUCUGAGUACUGAGCUGUAGACAGGUAAAAUAUCUGAGUACUGAGCUGUAGACAGGUAGAAUGUCUGUCUGCCUGAGUACUGCGCUGUAGACAGGUAGAAUGUCUGUCUGUCUGAGUACUGAGCUGUAGACAGGUAGAAUGUCUGUCUGUCUGAGUACUGAGCUGUAGACAGUCAUAAUGUCUGUCUGAGUACUGAGCUGUAGACAGGUAGAAUGCCUGUCUGUCUGAGUACUGAGCUGUAUACAGGUAGAAUGCCUGUCUGUCUGAGUACUGAGCUGUAUACAGGUAGAAUGUCUGUCUGUCUGAGUACUGAGCUGUAGAUAGGUAGAAUGUCUGUCUGUCUGAGUACUGAGCUGUAGACAGGUAAAAUAUCUGAGUACUGAGCUGUAGACAGGUAGAAGGCCUGUCUGUCUCACCUGUCUGUCUGAUUGGACUAACACAUAUCAUCUAAUUCCAUGACAGAAAUGACAAAAUUAUAUGACAGAUAAUUUUUAUUUUUUACAUUUUGUUCAGCUGUCGAAUAAUUAACAUUCACACUGAAGCAAAUAGGUUUUUUAAAUUCUGCAUAUGUUGAGGAAGCAGAGCCAACCAUACAGUUGUGUGUGUUCCCUUGUUUUAGACAUAAGUAAGAAUACUGCACUAUUGGAGAUGGAGUCAACCAGGGGAGGCUGCUGAGGGGAGGACGGCUCAUAAUAAUGUAUGGAACGGCGUCAAUGGAACCGUAUCAAACACAUCAAAGAUGUGGUUUCCAUGGUUUCCAUGCGUUUGAUACCAUUCCAUUGACGCCGUUCCAGACAUCCCCUCAGCAGCCUCCACUGAUAUCAACUGGUGUCGGGUUUCAUUUCAAGCUCAGUUGGUAGAGCAUGGUGCAUGUAAUGCCAGGGUUGUGGGUUCGAUUCCCUUGGUGGACCAGUAUGAAAAUGUAUCCACUCACGACUGAAAGUCCCUCUGUAUAAGAGCAUCUCCUAAAAGUUCAAUGUUUUUUUAAGGGUGAGAAUGUUGUAAACUAGAGAGAAAUAUCCACUGGAUGUCUCUGUUUAUAGGUCUUUGUUUUCCUGUUUCAAAGUUUGAAUUUAAGUUAAUCAAAUCUGUCAUAUUAAUGAUCAACUCUGUCAUAUUAAUGAUCAACUCUGUCAUAUUAAUGAUCAACUCUGUCAUAUUAAUGAUCAACUCUGUCAUAUUAAUGAUCAACUCUGUCAUAUUAAUGAUCAACUCUGUCAUAGUAAUGAUCAACUCUGUCAUAGUAAUGAUCAACUCUGUCAUAGUAAUGAUCAACUCUGUCAUAUUAAUCGAAGCGAUGUUCAUACUUAGACACAAAUACAGAAACAGAUUUUUUAUCAGAUGAUACCAGUUGAUGGAAAUCAAAUACAGUAUGCCAACUUGUGCAAUGUGAUAUAUCAUUGUAUCUACAAUACUCACGACAAUGUGGUAUAAAACAAUUAUUAUAUAGUUUUAUGUAAUUUGUUUGCCUUCUCAUAGGCCCUAUAUAAAUUAAUUAUUGAAGAAGAAAUCAUUUAGAUUUUAUUUGUAUGGUGUGUAAUUUAUGUUUUUUUUUAUUUCAGUAAAACAAAAGUGAUAAAAGGAUGAUUUGAUUCCUGGUAUCUCUAGAAAGUGUUCCUAGAAUGAUUGCUUUAGAUCAGGGUGGCCAACCCUCCUCCUGGAAAGAUACCCUCCACCUGGAGAGAUACACUCCUCCUGGAAAGUUACCCUCCUCCUGAAGAGUUACUUUCCUCCUGGAGAGAUACUUUCCCCCUGGAGAGAUACCUUCCUCCUGGAGAGAUACCUUCCUCCUGGAGAGAUACUUUCCUCCUGGAGAGAUACCUUCCUCCUGGAGAGAUACCCUCCACCUGGAGAGAUACUUUCCUCCUGGAGAGAUACUCUCCUCCUGGAGAGAUACCCUCCUCCUGGAGAGAUACCCUCCUCCUGGAAAGAUACCUUCCUCCUGGAGAGAUACCCUCCUCCUGGAAAGUUACCCUCCUCCUGGAAAGUUACCCUCCUCCUGGAAAGUUACCUACCUCCUGGAGAGAUACUUUCCUCCUGGAGAGAUACUUUCCUCCUGGAGAGAUACUUUCCUCCUGAAGAGAUACCUUCCUCCUGGAGAGAUACCCUCCUCCUGGAGAGAUACCCUCCUCCUGGAGAGAUACCCUCCUCCUGGAAAGAUACCUUCCUCCUGGAGAGAUACCCUCCUCCUGGAAAGUUACCCUCCUCCUGGAAAGUUACCUUCCUCAAGGAGAGAUACUUUCCUCCUGGAGAGAUACUUUCCUCCUGGAGAGAUACAGUCCUCCUGGAGAGAUACUUUCCUCCUGGAGAGAUACCUUCCUCCUGGAAAGUUACCCUCCUCCUGGAGAGAUACCCUCCCGUUUGAUUUUAUUCCAACCCUGCACCUACACACCAGACUCUACUAACCAGCUGGUCCCCAAGACCGUGAUUAUCUUGAAUCAGGUGUGUUAGAGCAGGGCUGGAACAAAAGCCUGAAGGAGGCUAUCUCUGAUCUAACUGUGCCCUAACAAAUGUGCAUCCCAAAUGGCACCCUAUACCAUAUACAGUGCAAUACUUUUGACCAGUGCCCAUGGUCAAAAGUAGGGAAUAGGGUGCCAUUUGGGACACACACUAACUGUGCCCUAACAGAGAUGCUAUCUAACAGAGAUGCCCUAACAGAGAUGCUAUCUAACUAAGAUGCUAUCUAACAGAGAUGCCCUAACAGAGAUGCUAUCUAACAGAGAUACCCUAACAGUGAUGCCCUAACAGAGAUGCUAUCUAACAGAGAUGCUAUCUAACAAAGAUGCUAUCUAACAGAGAUACCCUAACAGAGAGGCUAUCUAACAGAGAUACCCAAACAGAGAUGCUAUCUAACAGAGAUGGUAUCUAACAGAGAUACCCUAACAGAGAUGCUAUCUAACAGAGAUACCCUAAAAGACAUGCUAUCUAAUAGAGAUACCCUAACAGAGAGGCUAUCUAAUAGAGAUACCCAAACAGAGAUGCUAUCUAACAGAGAUACCCUAACAGAGAUGCUAUCUAACAGAGAUGCCAUAACAGAGAUGCUAUCUAACAGAGAUACCCUAACAGUGCCUUCCAGCGUCCCACUAGUGAUUACUGGAUCUAUUCAUGCAGCAACGAUGAUUCAGGCAUGUAUUCUCUUUCCCACUCCGGUGUAGGACUUCUCGUCUUUCUGGGCCGUCCCAAAUGGCAAACCAAUUCCCUAUAGGUCUCUGGCCAAAAGCAGUGCACUAUAUAAGGAAUAGGGUGCCAUUUGGGAUGGCCCAGAAAGACGAGAAGUCCUACACUGGAGUGGGAAAGAGAAUACAUGCUCUGUGCCUGCGAGUGGGGAUUCCCAGUGUUAGAGAAACCAGACAGACAGAAACAUGAGGGGCAGGAGCCUGGGAGCCAAACUGAAUAUCACUCUAAAUAUCACUCAGAAUAUUCUUCUAAAUAUCUCUAAAUACACCAGUCAAGCACAACAACCUCUGCUCACAUAUGCAGUGUGUAUUCCAGAAUAGGUCAGGCUGUUUCCAUGUGAGCGGAGGUUGUUGUGCUUGACUGGUGCAUUUACCCCCUAACAAACCCCAAAAUGAUUAUUGUAGUACCAGAGCAUCUGUUGAAUAUCAGGGACAUUUCACUCUUUUUGCCUGACGAAUCCUAAGACUAUCUAAAACCUACAUUUUCACCUAAAAUGACAUACCCAAAUCUAACUGCCUGUAGCACAGGCCCUGAAGCAAGGAUAUGCAUAUUCUUGAUACCAUUUGAAAGGAAACACUUUGAAGUUUGUGUAAAUGUGAAAUGAAUGUAGGAGAAUAUAACACAUUGGAUGUGGUAAAAGAUAAUUAAAAGAAAAAAACAUGCUUUUUUUAAUCAUAUUUGAAAUGCAAGAGAAAGGCCAUAAUGUAUUAUUCCAGGUUUGGUAUGAUUUUGAUUUUGGCCACUAGAUGGCAGCAGUGUAUGUGCAAAGUUUUAGAUUGAACCAAUGAACCAUUGCAUUUCUGUUCAAAAUGUUGUAUCGAGUCUGCCCAAAUGUGCCUAAUUGGUUUAUUGAUACAUUUUCAAGUUCAUAACUGUCCACUCUCCUCAAAGAAUAGCAAGGUAUUCUUUCACUGUAAUAGCUACUGUAAAUUAGACAGUGAAGUAAGAUUAACAAGAAUUUAAACUUUCUGCCCAUAUCAGAUAUGUCUAUGUCCUGGGUAAUGUUCUUGUUACUUACAACCUCAUGCUAAUCACAUUAGCCUGCGUUAGCUCAAUCGAUCCCGUAGAGGUUAAAUUAAAUGUAGAUUAAAUCAGUUCAUUUAGAAUUUAAUACAUUUUCCUAUUGAUCUCCUCAGUGUAUUAAUGAAAGACGUAGGGGGUUUGACAGAAGGACAGAAUGGUGGGAGAUGAUUAUAUAGUUAGUCAGUAUUUGGUUUAUUUACAUUACUUUUUAAUUUUCCAGUUCAACUUCCACAUUUUAGAGAAGCUCACUGGCAUAAAAUGGUGAGGAAACAGACAGAACAGGCAUACUACCUGUGACUAGCAGCUAGCUACAUGUGCAUACUGUAUAAACAACAGAUCAUAUAUUAUAUUGCAAUAUUAGUAUUAUCCGUUGGAGACUGCCAACAGUGUUGCUUCAGUUCUAGUUUGAAUCUCAAAUGACAACAUAAUCCCCAAUAUAAUGCACUACUUUGGACCAGAGCUCCUAGGCUCCUGUUCAAAAGUAGGGCACUGUAAAGGGAAGAAGGUGCCAUUUGAGGCCCAGUUCUAUCCUCAGUACCAGAGACACAGUUCUAGCCUCAGUACCAGAGACCCAGUUCUAGCCUCAGUACCAGAGACCCAGUUCUAGCAUCCGUACCAGAGACCCAGUUCUAGCCUCAGUACCAGAGACCCAGUUCUAGCCUCAGUACCAGAGACCCAGUUCUAGCAUCCGUACCAGAGAACCAGUUCUAUCCUCAAUACCAGAGACACAGUUCUAUCCUCAAUACCAGAGACACAGUUCUAUCCUCAAUACCAGAGACACAGUUCUAGCCUCAGUACCAGAGACCCAGUUCUAGCCUCAGUACCAGAGACCCAGUUCUAGCCUCAGUACCAGAGACCCAGUUCUAUCCUCAGUACCAGAGAACCAGUUCUAUCCUCAGUACCAGAGAACCAGUUCUAGCCUCAGUACCAGAGACACAGUUCUAUCCUCAAUACCAGAGACACAGUUCUAGCCUCAGUACCAGAGACCCAGUUCUAGCCUCAGUACCAGAGACCCAGUUCUAGCCUCAGUACCAGAGACCCAGUUCUAUCCUCAGUACCAGAGAACCAGUUCUAUCCUCAGUACCAGAGAACCAGUUCUAGCCUCCGUACCAGAGACCCAGUUCUAGCCUCAGUACCAGAGACCCAGUUCUAGCCUCGGUACCAGAGACCCAGUUCUAGCCUCAGUACCAGAGACCCAGUUCUAGCCUCAGUACCAGAGAACCAGUUCUAGCCUCAGUACCAGAGACCCAGUUCUAGCCUCGGUACCAGAGACCCAGUUCUAUCCUCAGUACCAGAGACCCAGUUCUAGCCUCAGUACCAGAGACCCAGUUCUAGUCUCAGUACCAGAGACACAGUUCUAGCCUCAGUACCAGAGACCCAGUUCUAUCCUCAGUACCAGAGACCCAGUUCUAGCUUCAGUACCAGAGACACAGUUCUAUCCUCAGUACCAGAGACCCAGUUCUAGCCUCAGUACCAGAGACCCAUUUCUAGCCUCGGUACCAGAGACCCAGUUCUAUCCUCAGUACCAGGUAGAUCAUUAUCAUCAUAUCAUGGUGUUUUAAGGCAUCCAGAGUUCUGCAUGACACAUGAGAUGAACUCUUUGAAGAUUUUGUUUUCUCUUUUAACAACCAACAUGUUUGCCGUUAUUUUACAACCUGCCACUGUUUCAUUCCAUGUCAUGAUAUGAUGAUUUCUCUGGGCCAUAAUAUUCUGUUUCCCUCUCUCAAGGGAUUGUAUGUAUUCAUGGCAGACAACAGUAGAGAAUCUGGAUCCACAGACAUGCCUUAAUAAUAUUAUUAUAACACUUGAUUGUGGUUUGCUAUCAAUCAACAAUGAAUUGAUUGGUGGUUAAGACAUUAACAUAACACUGGACUCUAGUUUAUACUUUGAUAAAUCAUGUGUUCAUUUGAUCAGUGAGUUCUCUGCCACACACUGACUAUUGAUAGAAUAUCCUACCACUCCUACAGAACAGAUUCAAGGUAAAUGGGUCAUUUUCUAUGGCAUCGGCACAUCACAUAGGAGAUUUGUCUACUGUUCAUGGUGUGUAUGUAUUUAUGCUGAACCAAUCAGAAACCUGGUAGGAGGAGCUAUAUGUAACCAUGGCCCUGAAUACAUUCAUGGACUCCGUCUAUUCAUGGCAGCAGCUCUACUCAACACAGUUAUGGAUUCUUUGUUCUUUGAGGUGCAUUUUGGAGACACACUAUUUAUUUUCCUGCCAAUAUUAUCACAAAUAUUUAUGAAAUGUAAUAUGGUGUAUUAUGUUGAUAUUAAUGUUGUUGUUUUAGUCAUUGACAGAAUAAGCCCUUGAUUCUGUUGUUGGCCGGGUGUCUGUUGUUGGCCGGGUGAGUCUAUAUUUAGGGCUGGAAGGAAGGCAAAUCUGUAGCAGCCAUUAUACAUAUGAUGCACUGGUUUCGUCCCAAAUGACAUCCUAUUCCCUAUAUGGUUCCCAUGGGCCCUCGUCAAAUGUAGUGCACUAAACAGGGAAUAGGGUACCAUUUGGGACGUACACACAGUCAUCAUUACAAAUCCUUGUUGCUUUUCUCUAGUUGGUUAUACAGUAGUAUGUAGUUUCAGAACAAGCAGGGUACUAAUGUAUGGACACUGAAACAGGUAACAAGACAAGUAACAAGUUUAGUUGGAGCAACUAGGCUAUUCACUGUACAUUCACAUUGCCAUCUAGAAUGGGGGGGGGGGGGGGUUGGACCCUGGUAUGACUUCUAUUUUAUCUGUCAGUCUGAAAUGUCAUCACCAUGUUUGUACAGUACAAAUAGCAGGAACAUAUAUUUUCUCUCUGGCCUUUGAUUAGGUUUGUUUUGAUUUGUUGUAGAAAUGGAAAAAAACAACCCUGAAACUAAGUAAUGCCUAUUCAAAUCCUGAAACUGUGAAUGGGGAUCGUCGAGAAGUCUAUGUAUAUGUUUUGAUGUAAUCAAAGAGCACUGGGAAUUAUUACGUUGUAUUUCUCUGUAAAAACUGAACCACAUUGAUAUAACUGUACUUCUGUUGAAAUUAAAACCUCUAUAUACUGAA